AUGACACCUAUUUAUCUUAUUAUAAUUUUGAUUAUAAUAAGUUCAAUAGUAUAUCUUUAUAAACCUAUACGUAAAUUAAUUCAACAAAAAACUAUUUAUUCAUCAUGUUUCAAAACACCGAAAUCUGAUUAUAUUCCUAUAUUUGGUCAUUUGUUUUCGUUAGCUGGUCAGAUUUCAAAACGAGAACAUUAUCAAUAUUUUUUGAAGUAUUGCCGAGAAUAUUCAAAUGAACCGAUCAUUUGUAUUUGGUUUUUCUUAUGGCCAUUUCUUGUAUUCCGUCGAGUCGACUAUUUAGAGAUUUUUCUGGCGGCUGGUUCAAAGCAUUUAACUAAAUCACCAGAUUAUACAUUGCUCGAUGAUUGGUUGAAAACGGGAUUGCUAAUUACUUCAGGUAAAAAAUGGAAAACACGUCGACGAAUUAUUACUCCAUCAUUUCAUAAUAGCAGUCUUUUAGCUAAUUGUAUUGAUAUAUUUAAUGAACAAUUAAACAUUGGUUUAAAACAUUUUCAGACAUUAGCUAAUCAACAAGUAGAAACUGAUUUAUAUCCAUUGAUUUCAGCUUGGACACUUGAUGUCAUUUGUGAGACAGCAAUGGGUAAAACAGUUCGAGCACAAACUGAGGAAUCUGAAUAUGUAAAAGCCGUUGUUCGAAUUACGGAGCUUAUAGCUUUACGAAUGCGUUCACCAUGGUUAUGGCCUCGAACAAUAUUUAAACUUUCUGCUCAAGGUCGUGAACAUGAUCGCCUUCUGAAAAUCAUACAUAAAUUUACUCGACAAGUAAUCGAAGAUCGUAUUGCUAACUUUUCGUCGAUUGAUGUUCGACAUCGAAUGGCAUUUCUUGAUACACUUAUUGCAAAAAUGAAUGAUGAACAAAUAUCAAUUGAUGACGUACAAGAAGAAGGUCAUGAUACAACGGCAACUGCAAUUAAUUUUGCUUUAUUUAUGAUUGCACUUCAUCAAGAUAUUCAACAACAUUUAUUCGAAGAAAUUCAAAGCAUAUUUCAAAAUGAUAAUGAACGUGCAUGUACACUUGAUGAUGUUCAACAAAUGAAUUAUCUUGAAUGUGUUAUUAAAGAAACAUUAAGACUUCUACCAUCUGUUCCUAUGAUUGGACGAGAAAUUCAAGAAACAUUUCAAUAUGAUGGUAAAACAUUUUUGAAAGGUACAACAGUUGUAAUCUUUAUCUAUGAAAUUCAUCGUGAUCCACAACAUUUUCCUGAACCAGAAAAAUUUGAUCCUGAUCGAUUUUUACCUGAACUAACUCAACAACGACAUCCUUACGCAUACAUUCCAUUUUCUGCUGGUUCACGAAAUUGUAUUGGUCAACGUUUUGCUUUGCUUGAAGAAAAAGUAUUUCUUUCAACAAUAAUUCGUCGAUUUCAUCUAACAACAAGUCAAACUUAUAAUGAUUUUGUACCAACUGAACAAAUAAUUCUUCGUUCUGAUAAUGCACUCAAAGUCAAACUUAUAUCACGUGCAUAA